AUGGACAAAAUCGAAAUUACUAACUUCCGAGAACUGUCUACGGACAUGUUGCGCUCUGCUGCUGGUCCCAUUGACCUCACCGAAGUGUUAAGAAACUGCAUAAGUCAGGAGUUCAGUUCCGAUGCGGAUGAAGAACAAACUGUGAAAGCAGUGGAAGAAACAAAAGAAGUAGAACGUGUUCCCGAAAGGGCACCGAAGGAUGUAAUCCCUACUGUUGUAUUGGCUGCGGAUGGAGCUUCGGGACUGCGGCCUCUUACUCACGGAGUUCCUAAGUGCAUGAUCCUGACGGGUAAAAAAACACUAAUUGGUAGAACUCUUGACAUUCUGCUGGAUGCUGGUAUCAGGAGAAUAUUGGUGUUUGUGAACGUGGGCGACGAACAUCUUGUCGAGGCACACCUGCUCGAGUGUAUUGAAAAACGCAAUGACAAAGAUGCAGUAUUAUCUGGAUUGGAGCUAACAGUGCACGCACUUGUGGAAAAGGAUGAUGCAUCGCGAAACACGACAAAUGUUGUGAAGUAUGCGGCGGAUCUGUUGCAAAGUGAUUUCCUAGUAGUACCGAGUGACCUGGUCGGCACGUUUAAUCUGCGCGGCCUUAUUAAAAACCACUUCAGCUCCCCAAGGUUGUGUACCAUUGCACUGUUGCCAGAGAAGAGCGAUCCCAAAAGUUCAAAGAAAACGAAAGAUGCAACGGAUGAUUCGAUUGUACCCGGCGGUGACGUUUCAAGGGGUUGGGGGUACAGAUACCGUAUGUUGGUAACCAUGGAUCCGAAUACUUCACAAGUGAUUGCGUUGUCGCCUGUUGUUUCUGUGAAGUCCGGCGAUAGAUAUGUGGUUAAUAAGUCUGCGCUUGUGCAACACCCCCGCUGCGUUAUACGGUCAGACAUGUAUGACGCACACGUUUACGUUUUCUCGAACAGCAUACUGAAGUUUUUGGAUUUGCCGUGCAUGGAUAGGUGGUCUGUAAGGACGGAGUUGAUCCCGUACAUGGUAAGAGCUCAAGAGCAAACGCCUGAGACAGAAACGGAUGGUACGGCGGCCAAUAAGGCGAAGCAGUCUGCCACAGAUGCUAUGCGUGUUUUCCAGUUUUCUGGACUUGGCGAUUCCCUUCAUUGUUUCAGAGCGAACAACAUGGAGGCUUUAUUGAGGGCUAACAUGGACCUUUGUUUAUCCGAGACUAAAAACGCGAAAAAACCACUGAGUGAGGUUUGCAGAAACUUGAUGGAGAAUUCUGGAGGGAUGUUAGAUAGUGAGAAGGUGAGCAGGAUGGAAAGGAAGAAGAAGCUUGAGGAAGAGAAACGGGUCAAAGUAAUUAACAAGUUUGAAGUGAUUAAUGAUCCGGAUGGUCUUCGAGGCUCAAUCAUUGGAGAGGGGUGCCGCAUAGGCGAGGGAACAACUGGGAGAAUGUGCGUAUUAGGGAACUGUGUAGUCAUCGGUCGCAACUGCGUGCUUAACAACUGUGUGAUCAUGAAUGGAGCCCAUAUUAAGGACAAUGUAGUAAUGACCAGAUGUGUUAUAGGCGAAACAGCUACUGUAAAGGCGGACUGCAAGCGCCGGGAAGCCAUGCAAUCUCGGAAUUACAAUGCGGAUCCGCCGCAGAGGUACGCCUCAGAUGCAAGGAAGGAUUCCGACCCGUAUAAUGACUACAAUAAGGAUCCCUAUAAAAAUGAACCAAUACGUGAUUACAAGAACACUAGUAAUCCGAGGAGCAGGUCGAGGAGUCGGAACAGGAGAUACACUGCUCGAAGAGGAGGAUAUCGAGAUAGACGCCGGCGCUCACGCAACAAAGACGGUGCAGCUCGUUAUAAUGAUCGGAGAAAUGAUAUGGGAAGCGAUGUGAAUAGCGAACCACAGGAGGAGGAGUUUUUGGCACUAAAUCCCAAUCUUUCACCUAGCCACGCGAGGUCACGUGCAGCCGAACGACGCAGAAGAAAGGCACAAGCCGAGUGCAUCAGACGUGCAGGAGGUUUCCAAAGACUUGCAGAUCAAGAAGGCCACGAAACCGUUAGACUAUUCUGGGACGGAUUCCAGUGGGUUGCCAAGACAGGACAAGCAGCACUCAUGAUGAACGCCGACUCAGCACUCAUGAACGCGACAAGGAAGUUGAGGAGGCUUUAUUUUGGAAACUUGCCUCUGUCAUCGGGGCUCACGGAAAAUGCAUUCCAAAACAUCAUAUGGAACGAAAUGAGGAACAGAAACUUUUGUAACGACCCGAGCGUGUCGCCAGUACUUUACGUAUGGUUUGCCAAAGACAAAGGCAACUACGGGUUUGUUGAGUUUGCAACUGUAGAAGAGACUGAACGUGCCUUAACAAUGGAUGGAAUGAACUGUAUGGGUUCACAGCUUCGCGUCUCAAGGCCAAACGACUACUCGACAAGCUCAACGAAACCACCCGCUCCAGGAGUAGUGCCACAAAACAUCAUUCCGCUAGAUGCGUUCACGAGCAAGUAUCUGAGGGUAGUACAAAUUGUCCUGCCCGAAAGUGUACAAAAGGAAAUAGAGUAUCUUGACGUAUUGGAUGACGUCAAGGAAGCAUUUGAAAGACACGGGAAAAUCAAAACGUGCGCUAUAGUCACACCAAGGCACAGAGAUAUUGCGCCAAACCUUACCCCUGGAGAUGUGAUUGUCGAGUUCGUAGACAGAGAAUCGCUGUUGGCAUGUGUACAAAAUAUGCAACAUCGCAAAUACGAAAAAAGGGAAAUACAAUUUAUGCCAAUGGAGGAGGAUGACUACAAACACGUUGCGGAACCUCUUUUACUAGAUCUGGAGGCACUAGAAAAGGAAGCAGAGUGA